GGAGUUUGUGAGGGAGGAGGGAAAGAACGCGGAUCGUCUGAGGAGUUUUUAAUGUCCGCCAUGUUCAGAAUGGCGCACUGAGGCAGCGAGAGAAAACACACACACACACACCCGCCUCUUUUUCCUCGCUGGAACUCUUCUAUUCCAUCUUUUUUUUUUUUUUUUUUUUUUUAAGUCUCCAACUCCAUCCACCCUGCUCCAUGAAAUCCUUGGCGGUUUUAUGGGUGAUUGUGAGGGGAUCGGAUAGAUUUAUAGAGUAAGAUGAGUAAACUGUCGUUCAGGUCGCGGGCGCUGGACGCUCUCAAACCGCUGCCCGUGUUCCGCUGCGAGGAUCUGCCAGACCUGCACGAGUAUGCGUCCAUCAACCGCACCGUGCCGCAGAUGCCAACCGGCAUGGAGAAGGACGAGGAAUCGGAACACCACCUCCAGAGGGCGAUUUCCGCCCAUCAGGUGUACGGAGAGAAGAGGGAUAACAUGGUGAUUCCCGUCCCAGAGGCCGAGAGCAACAUCACCUACUAUGACUCGCUCUACCCCGGAGACUUCAAGAUGCCAAAGCAGCUCAUUCACAUACAGCCUUUCAGUUUAGAUACAGAGCAGCCAGACUACGAUCUGGAUUCGGAGGAUGAGGCUUUUGUGAAUAAGCUGAAAAAGAGGCUGGAGGUGGAGGCCCUGCGGUUCGAGGAGAUGAUUGACAGAUUGGAGAAAGGCAGCGGACAGCAGCUGGUGACCCUGCAGGAAGCAAAGCUUUUACUGAAGGAGGACGAUGAUCUGAUCAGGGAGGUGUUUGAGUACUGGAGCAGGAAGAGGAAACUGUGUAAGAACGGAUCCCUCAUCCCAACCAUCAAGCAGGAAAAGCGGGACGGUUCCAGCACCAGUGACCCCUAUGUGGCCUUCAGGCGCAGGACUGAGAAGAUGCAGACGAGAAAGAACCGUAAGAAUGACGAGGCGUCGUAUGAGAAGAUGCUCAAACUAAGAAGAGACCUGAGUCGUGCCGUAACUAUCCUGGAGAUGAUCAAGAAACGAGAAAAGAGCAAACGAGAGCUGCUUCAUCUCACACUGGAGGUUGUGGAGAAGAGGAACGCCAUGCCUGACUGUGGUUCAGAGGUGAUGGCAGAAGCACUAGCUAUGGCAAAACCUGUUUACAAGAUUCCCAUAAUACCCUUCUCUAGCAGCAGUACGUACCGCCACCAGGACCACGUAGACUUCAAAGACUACAAGACCAAGCCUGAAAAGACAGACGUGGUCAGAACAAAGAGGAAGUACGAGAAAAAGCCCAAAGUUCUGCCUCUCUCCGCCCCGUUGCAUUCUGGAUCCUCCCUGUUUAACCCCAAAGACCUCAACCAAUACGACUUCCCCAGCUCUGAUGAAGAGCCCUUUUUACAGAUACAUUCGGGGUCAUCAGAGGCCGAGGAAGAGAACGAGGCUGAUGGAGCGUUUGCCUUCAGGCGGAAAGCAGGAUGUGUUUAUCAAAGUCCCCGUUUGGAUCACAACGGCGACUGGCCCUGGUCUGGAGAAACAGAGGAAGGUUCAUGUGGCCUGAAGUUUCGGUACUCCCUCACAACCCUUACCAUUCCCCACCGCUGUGUCGGGUUGGCACGGCGACGGGUGGGACGGGGCGGCAGGUUACUUCUGGACCGGGCCUAUUCCAAUUUAAAUGGUUUAUUCCAAAGUCUGGACUCGGACUCUGAGUCGAACUUCUCCUUCCCCGCUUCUCCUCUCCAUCCGGAAACCACUUCCCAGACUGUUUCCUCGUCCUCUUCUUUCUCUCAUACCACGUAUUCAGACCUGAGGCAGAUCUUCCGAAACAUCAAAGCUUGCCGCUGGAGGCACUUUAAACCACGGACACUAACCAGCCAAUCAGGCGCAGAGGAUCCACUGUCACAGAGGUUGUUUAGGGGGGGUGUGAGGGGCGCAGGGCGGGGCGGCGGUACGCUGGGCAGAACCGCAGGCACAGGACCACCCACUGUAGCGUUCACGGUUGAGCAGUAUCAGCAGCAUCAAGAACAGCUGGCCCUCAUGCAGAAACAGCAGCUGGAGCGGAUACAACAACAGGCCGAUGACACCGGCUCCAGUCAGUCUCUUGUGUCCAAGACGUUGGACUCAGUCAGCGCCCAGUUUGCUGCCUCUGCACUCAUGACCUCUGACCAGCUUUUGACCCUAAAGGUCAAAGAGGACGGCGUAGGAGGCGGAGUCAACGGAGUCGUCCAAGCUUCAGGAGUUUAUAAGGGAUUGAGCAUCUCUGCCACAUCCUCUGCUGCGGUCCUCACUAGCCAACCAACAUUGAUCGCUGCCCCGCCCACCUUCCUCUCCUCCACUAGCAACUCCAACACAAGCUCCGCCCACACGGUCCACAGCCCUACAGGCAACCACAGUAACAACGCAGCCAACUCCACCUCUCAGGUCCUGAUCAACAACAACCUACGACUCAGUGUCACCACACCCUCUAUCACCAGUCUGAAUGCCCGUCACCUUCCCAGAAGUCUCAGUAAUGUGCCACCCGCUGCCUUGAAGCUCGCUGCCGCCAGCAACCGCCAGCUCCCCAAAGUCAACACUGGGGAGAAUCACGAGCAGGAAAAGCAGUCCCUCAACAGUAUAACAGAGAACACAGUGGCCAUGGAGGUGACGUAGUGACCACUUCCUGGGCGUCGGUCUUAUUUUAUUUCUCUCUCUCUCUCUCUCUCUCGUCCAGUCUUCUGGUGCUGUGCACCAAUUGGGUUCGGGGAAGCAAAUGGACAGCGGGUUUCCACAGCGACUGUCUGAAUGUGACAGAAAAUUACAUCUCUUUAUUUUUUCCCGUUUUUCUUUUCUUUCUUUUUUUUUCUUUUUUUUCUGUUAAGAAUAGUGAUGUGUAAAUUAUGAUUAUGGCUAAUAUUCGAUGUACAGAAACUACAUAUUUGUAAAGCCCACCACCAUCUUGUGUAUAUACGCUACUUGAAUACAGAACUGUUGAGUUGAUGUUUUGCACUUGGAGAAUGAAAGUGAACGAGGAUGAGUGUUUGAGGUAAACGUGAGUGUGUGUGUGAAUAGUCAUGUGCAUGGUGAGGAAACCUGCUGUUCUACCUAUUUAUUGUGCUGUGUUUACAAUUAUUAGUUAUGUGUUUUUAUGUUGGUUAUUUUCUUUUAUUUCGUACACUUUGUCCCUCUGUUGUUUCCUGUGGUGUUGUUUUUAGGAAGCCAGCAACUCCUAAAUUUCCCUGUUUUCAAGUUUGACUGAUUCACUCUGUGACUCAAAUUGAACGUUAAUGGAAUCAUGCAAUUUUUUUUUUUUUUUUGGUUUUAUUUUAUUUAAUUUCCCCUCCUCUUCUGGGAGGAAUGUGACGUCGUGGUUUGACGCCCUUUAGGUUCAGGGGUUAAUGGAAGGGCACAUUUAAAGGAGGUGGUUAUAGGAAGCUUCCAUUUUUAUCAUCCCAAAAAUGAAAAGACAAACAAGGGAUGAAGUCUUCACUUGGGAGCUUCCAAGGCUUCCGGUCAACAAAGCACUAUUGUUUUUUGUUUGUUUUUAGUUGAUUUAUUGCUGCUUUUUGUAUAAAUUGUUCGGUUUUCGUACGAUGGAAAGUUUUUUACCCCCAUUUUUAUAUUAUAGUUAUUUUUGUAUCUUGUUUUUCAUUUCUAUCAUUCUGUUCGUUUUGGUUUUUUCAGUUCUUGUGGUGAAGCGUCUGUUGCGCUUUGUUAACAGAAGACUUCAUUCUUUGUUGCUAAAUGUCACACACACAAUGGCUGAUAAGCGCCCAUCCGAGUCUUCAUUCCAGUUUAAUGACAUCAUUCAAGCCCAAGAAGGAUCAAAAGAGGUGGAUGCCAAAUGAAUGUCAUCUCCUUGGCCUUCUUCUCUAAACGCAUCAAUCCCACAGACUCUGGACUACUUCAAAGCCUGAAAAAACCUACAAGUUAAAGGUUGUGCCUUCCUUUGGGAAUGUCCUGCUCAGUCUCUUCUGUGAAGAGGAUGCUCCGGCUCAAGACCGCGGUCCUGCGGUACACACUUGUCCGGUGCUCAGAUCUCUGAUGCCCAGUCCACUGACUGAACUGAAUCAUCCUCCUCCAGGGGUUUUCUAGUCUGAUCUGGAUGGAGGCUAAAAUAUAUAUAUAUAUA